GAAAAGCAUAGAAGAUAUGAUUCAGAAUUUGACUCAAGUGUUUGAUUGUUUAUUAGCUGCUGGUUUAAAGCUAAAAGCACGCAAGUGUACCUUAUUUGCAAGGAAAGUGGAAUAUUUGGGGCAUAUCAUAUCAGAGAAGGGUAUAGCUACAAGUCCUGAUAAAGUAAAGGCAGUUAAAAAUUGGCCAGUACCAACCAACCUCACUGAGCUGAGAUCGUUUAUUGGUUUCUGCAGUUACUAUCGAAGAUUUGUGCUAAAUUUUGCCAUGAUUGCGAAACCCCUGCAUGAUCUUACAAAGAAAAAUGCAAAAUAUAUUUGGACUGACAACUGCCAAAAUGCCUUUGACAGAUUGAGGACAGAAUUAUCGACAGCCCCUGUCUUAGCUCAUCCAGAUUUUGAACAAGAAUUCAUCCUCGAUACAGAUGCCAGCAAUGAGGCAAUCGGCGCAGUACUAUCUCAAGUACAGAAGGGAAUAGAAAGACCAAUAGCAUUUGCCAGUAAAAGUUUAUCGAAUUCCGAAAGAAAGUACUGCGUUACAAGAAAAGAACUCCUAGCUGUUGUAACUUUUGUAAAGUAUUUUCGUCAGUACUUAUAUGGAAGAAAAUUUAAAGUAAGGACAGACCAUAGUUCGUUGAGAUGGUUGAUGAACUUUAAGGAUCCCGAGGGGCAGUUGGCCCGAUGGAAUGAGGUAUUGUCCUGCUAUGACUUUUACAUUGAGCACAGACCAGGAAGAUUACACAAGAAUGCUGAUAGUUUAAGUAGGAUCCCAUGUAAACAGUGCAAGAGCGACCACCAGCAUACCUGCUCAAGUCUGAUACCAGAAUCAGACGCAGUUGUAAAUAGUAUUACCGACUACUCUGACACACCACUGAGUGAAAUGCAAGAUUCUGAUAGGGACAUUAGUAAAGUUAAAAAGUGGAUUGCCGCACAGAAGAGACCUGAAUACAAUGAUAUAUCAGGAGAGUCAGUGGCAGUAAAAUCCUUAUGGUCUCAAUGGGAUAGAUUAGUUUUGCAAAAUGAUGUCCUCUGUAGGAAAUGGGAGGAUUUGGUUACAAAAAGUCAGAAAUUACAAGCAGUUAUUCCUAGUGCAGAAAGGAGAGUAAUACUUAAAUUUUGUCAUGAUGAUAGGACAGCUGGUCAUUUAGGCAUGCAUAAAACCUUGUCAAGGAUAAGACAGUCCUAUUACUGGCCAGGCUUACAAAAAGAUGUGCGUCAAUACAUAUUGGGUUGUGAAAUAUGCACAAAGAGAAAGGCAUCAAGUAUGUCAAACAAAGCUCCUAUGCAAUUGGUAGGUUCAGGGUAUCCCAUGGAAAGGAUAGCCACUGAUAUUCUUGGCGAGUUACCUGAGACUGACAAAGGCAAUAGGUAUAUCUUAGUCGUUGCAGACUACUUUACCAAGUGGACAGAGUGUUUUGCUCUGCCCAAUAUUGAAGCCAAGACAAUAGCCUCCGUGAUUGUGGAAGAGGUAAUUACACGCUUUGGUGUUCCUGAUACAAUACACUCGGAUCAAGGUCGCCAAUAUGAAAGCGAGCUCUUUCAAGAAACAUGCAAGCUCCUGGACAUUCAGAAGACCCAUACUACUCCCUACCAUCCGCAAUCAGAUGGUAUGGUCGAGCGUUUCAACAGGACAUUGACCACCAUGCUUAGUGCCUUCGUAAAUGAGCAUCACUCAGACUGGGAUGUUCAUUUACCUUACGUAAUGAUGGCUUACCGGUCUUCCAUACAAGAAACUACUGGCAUGACACCAAAUAUGCUGAUGUUAGGGCGCGAGACGAAAACUCCCGUAGACAUUAUGUAUGAACCACCACGUAAUGUUAAAAAGGCACCAUCACAAGUGGGUGUGGGAACUUCAAGAGCGCCUAGAAAUUGCCCAUAAUACAGUCAGGAAUAAUAUUGGCCAAGCAAUGGUGCGACAAAAGCACUAUCAUGACCGAAAGCUAAAGUGGAAAACAUUUCAAAAUGGUGAAGAAGUAUAUGUAUUCUUCCCCCGAAGAAGGCCUGGUACAUCUCCAAAAUUUACGAGCUUUUGGCAGGGUCCCUAUAAGAUUAUCAGAAAGAUGUCUGAUUUGACCUACAUGGUUAACUGUGGACCCCGAGGAGGUGAGCAAGUAAUACAUGUGGAUCGCAUGCGGAAGAAACAUCCACAAAUACUUGCUGGUGAAGAAGUUUAGGAAACAGAAGAAACUGUGUUGCCAGAGAGAGACACUGCACAUGAUACAGUCCCAGAUCAAGAAAAUUCAAGAAACAAUUACAAUGAUCGCCCUGUUAGAAAUAGAAAGCCACCUACAUGGCUGCAUGACUAUUAUGUUGAUAAAUAGUCUAUGUGAUCAAAAUUAUUUAUUAGUAUUAAUGAUCAUUUAUGUAAUCUCUGUGUAUUGUAGAUGGCAAAGACAAAGACAACUCCAAACUAUGAGUUUCGGCGCUGCCCCAUGUGUUCAUACUCAGCUAAAAGUGAGGAGGACUACAGGGAGCAUGUUUUCAAAUGCGCAAUGAGGACUUUUCAAUGUCCAAGUUGUGACUUUUCUAAUAACAAAGAAGCUAACCUGAAGAGACAUGUAAAGAGAUGUCACCCAGGAUUGGCACAGGAAGAUUUGAUUAAGCUUGGGGUAAAAGAAAAUAGAAGUGAAGAGGUAAAUGAGCCGGAGUGUGAUCACGAAUGGUUGUCUCAAGAUCCGGGAGACCUCAUUGGGGACGUUUCGGACAAUGGGAGUGAUGAAGAUGAAGAUUCAUCAAGUCAGAAUACAGAUUGCUCCCCUAAGGAUGAUGACUGUCUUAUGGAAGGAAGACUGUUCCAUAAACCAACAAAGCCUUCCUUACCAGUGUCUCUCCAACGUAAAGCGGAUGUAGUGCCUCCAGUCCCUGAAAAGAAAACAAAAGAUCAGGCGGUCCCGGUCAAUGCUAUAGAGAGGAAAAGAGACAUGGGAACCCAGACAGAUCCUGUCCGGAGAAUCGUUAAAACCAAGACUGUAAAGAAAUUCAGAGGAGGGAGCGUAGAUACUAAGAUUAUUUCCGAAGAAAAAGUCGUGUAUAAUUAGUAAUAUGUGGUUGAAUCAUGAGCUUUUAUUAAAUUAUUGUAUGUAAAGAAAAAUUCUUUUGUUACUACAGGGAUAAGUAACCCUGUAGUGUAGAAUGUGCAAUAAAUCCUACCCUGUGAUUUACAUCAUGAUUUUCAUUUACAUGCGGGUCGCAUGUCAUCGAAGGCGUGGGUAGUGUAAUGAUUUCAUGUUUUUCAAUGUUGCAAGAGGCCUACAGAAACGGUGAUCUAGAAACUUAACUAUGGCUGAUACACAAUUAGCUAGCAGCGGGUGAUCUAGAAACUGUUGCUGAUCAUGUGACCCACAGAGGGUAUAUAUACAGCUGCAGCCAGUCAGUAAGGUUCUUUUUAAGCCAAGCGGAGGAAGAAGGAAGCAUUAUAACGGUUAGUUUGGUCAGGUGGAUUGCCUAAUAUUGGAGGCUUGCCACAGGUGGAUUGCCUUAUAUAAAUAUUGGAGGCUUGCCACACUUCUUUGUUAUAUAGGACCAUUUGUUUGGAGUCUGACCACAGUAGUGGCUAGCAUUUUAGAGGUUGACCUCCUGGAGGUUCGCCUAUUUAUUUGUCAUUCUUCCUCGGUUAGGGAAGGUGUAAGGCUUCAGAGGUUAGCAGUUCACUGUCCGUCCUGAAUAAGGCAUUAACACAAUAACUGCUGCUUCUGGAGUUGGACCACCUUUAUUCGGCUAGGGCUUACCUCUUAGAUAGUUGUUACUGCCUGAAUAAGGCAUAUCUCUAUCUAGAGGUGUAUAAACUCGUAAAGUAGUAAUAUAGGCCGACCAAGUGUGAUUUUCCCCUAAGUAAGGGAAGGGUCUUAUUUGUAUAUAUUUGCAGACCAGUAGUUAUAUAUUUAAAUCACUUUAGAGAGGAAAACUGUAUCAUUUUGUUCAAUCAUUUUUACAGAGGAAAAUUAUUUACUUGUUGAAUUAAUUCAAAACCCCAGAUCCUGGAAUCAACCGGGUACGAACCCCCUUGACACGUUACACUGUCCUUGCUUGACCAAAUAUGAUUAAUAUUGACCCACUAAACUGUAUUACAUCUCAUAGCUGUUUGGUACAUUGUUAGAUGAAAGGUGAAGAUAAUGAACAGUGAUCAAUCUCAUAACUCCCAUAAGCAAUACAAAAUAGAGAGUUAAUUGGGCAAACAUGGACCCCUGGAUAUACCAGAGGUGGGAUCAGGUGCCUAGGAGGAGUAAGCAUCCCCUGUCAACUGGUCACACCCGCUGACUUUGAGCCCUAUAUCUUGAUCAGGUAAACAGAGUUAUCCGUAGUCAAAAUCAGUGAGUGUGCCAAGAACAGCCGAACAAUCGGUAAGAAACACAUGAGACAGCAUUUGACCCAAUGAUAGGUUGUAUUGGCAAACUAGAUUUCAUGAAAUCAAUAUCAAGAUUUUGUAUGGUUUUUUUCAGUGUCGGCUGGUUACAAAGUACAGGCAUUGUGAUGGGAAAUUGAAUGUGAAAA